UUUCCUCUCUGUCUUCACAGUUGAGCAUAUGGUUCUCCAGUCCAGCAUUCACUUGCCAUCUUGACUCCUGUUCAUAGUCACAGUUCACAGUUCAGCAUCUUCUUCUCCACUUCACUUCUCCACUUCUCGACUUCCACUUUUUCGCGAUUCGUUAGGGAGUGUGCGACGGUGUUCUUCGUUCGUCUUUGGCCUCUCACCGAGCUCAUUUUAAUGGACAAAUCAUGGAUAGACAUGCCUCGAAAUACAAGUCAAUAUAUGGCAGGAUUGAAUACUUUUUUGGACUUCGCAUUCAGUAAUAGUGGUGUUAGGGGAAAGAUAAUAUGCCCAUGUCAGAAAUGCAAUUUUAAGAAAUGGCAAUUUCGUGAAGUAGUAUAUGAGCACUUAAUUGUUAAACCUUUUCCAAAAGGGUAUACAAUGUGGCUUCUACAUGGGGAGAGAAGAAUAAAUGAAGAAAAAAUUGAAGCAUAUGAAUCUACAAACACAUCCUCCUCUCAAACAAAAGAAACAUCAAGUUCAAAUUCAUUGGCUCUUGCUUUAGGAAGCCAAGAGCAUUGUGGACGCGUUUGUGGUCUAGGUUUGGGUCCUUGCCCAUCUAAACUCUUUGGCAUCCAUGGUCAUUGUCAUAGUGGAUCAUCUUCAACUUCUCCUUCUUAUGCAGAACUACAAACUCAGGUAUCUUCAUUGACAUCACAAGUCAAUGAAAUGAAGGCAAUGAUGACAUUUAUGUUGCAAAAUUAUCCUGGACAAGUUCCUUCACGUUUUAAUAUUUUCCAACCAUCACCAGUAUUUGAUCAAGAAAGCAUGCCAAAUGAGGAAGAAAAUGAAGAACAAGAUUGAUCUUGUUAUUCAAAACAUUUUUUAAUUUGUUAUUCAG